AUGAAUCCCAAGACUACCUCUUCUUUUGAAAACUCCAACGAAAAAGAAUUUCUUGAUGAAUUUUCCUCCGCGUACGGAUAUAAUGGUAAAAUUGAUUCGAUACGAGAGGAUGAAUAUUCGGAACUGAAAGCCGCAUAUCUCGACCAUUCUGGGUCGACCGUUUAUCCGAAAAGUUCAGUCGUCUCUUUUACAAACGACCUUACGAAGAAUAUUUAUUGUAAUCCGCACUCAAGAAACAUACGUGCCCAGCAUACUUCUCAACGAGUGGAACAAGUUAGGGCUCGAAUUUUGAAACAUUUUGAUGCGAACCCCAGAGAGUACAAAGUUAUAUUUACUCAGAACGCUACCGCUGCUAUCAAAUUGGUCGGUGAAAUAUUCCCAUGGACUCCAGGUCGAAGCAGCUAUAAAUAUUUAAGAGAGUCACACAAUAGCUUAAUAGGACUCAGAAGAUUCGCGGAGGAAACCAAUUCUGAUAUUCAAGCUGUAAUUGAAAGUGACUUGGAAGCACUAUUUCUGCACAAUAAAUAUCCAGAAAGUUUUCUGAAUCAAGAGAUGAACGGUGGUGAUGAUGUAACAUACAAUCUUUUCGCUUAUCCGGCACAAUGCAAUUUUUCUGGUCAGCGGUAUCCUUUAACGUGGACCACACGAAUCAAGAAACUUAAAACGAAAAAAGCGAAAUUUUUGGUUUUAUUGGAUGCAGCCGCUUAUCUGACAACCUCAACCCUGUCUUUGGCCAAUGGUGAUGUGUCUCCGGAUUUCGUAGCAAUGAGUUUUUAUAAGAUAUUCGGUUUUCCUACUGGGUUAGGUGCCUUGCUGAUAAAAUCCGAACUGGAGCCGAUAUUGAGGAAGCGCUACUUUGGUGGUGGAACAAUAAACGCUAUUGCUUAUGACAGACAAUGGCAAGAAUUUAAAGAGAAUCUAAGCGACCGGUAUGAAGACGGAUUUGUUGAGUUAGAAGAGCUAGCGAGUGUUAAUCAGAUUUACAUAAGUGCGGGAACUCAUUGUAAUCCUGGAAGUGUGUCUAGAUGGAUAAAUAUAUCCGGUGAUGAUUCCAUAUCUAAUUAUAAGGCUGGUAAGGUGUGCGGCGACGACAAGGACAUAUUCGAUGGUAGACCAACUGGUUCAAUUCGCAUCUCAUUGGGCGCCAUGUCAACCAUUGAAGAUAUUAUUACUUGGCUAAAUUUCUUCAAGAAAUACUAUGUCGAAGAAACACCCUCCAACUAUAUGCCUCAGAGUGCGCAUGUUCAAAGUUUAACCAAACCCAUUGAAUCACGGAUAUUUCUCGAGAAAUUGACAUUAUAUCCUAUCAAGUCAUGUCACGGGUACAUAAUACCAUCAUCGACAUCCUGGACGAUUACAAACCAGGGUUUACUAUAUGAUCGAGAAUGGAUGCUGAUAGAUUCUGAGACUGGAAGGGCGUUGAGCCAAAAAAUAUUCAUAAAACCACAUUUAUUCAAUACACCUACAGAUUCUCCACUUUCGUAUUCAAACGAAUCUCCAUUUCUAUUGGUCUCUCAGAAGAGCGUUGAACAUGUCAAUCAAAAAAUAAUGGGAUGCGAUGGUCAUAAUAAGGGGACCAAUAAUUGUGUUAAUUAUGAAGAGCAUUCAUAUAAAGAAAAUGAGAAAGGGGGGGAAGCCGAAAGGAUUGUGGCGGAUUGUUUUAGGGCAAACUUUGUGGUUAACGGAAAUAUCAGUGAGUAUGAAGAAGAUCAGUGGAAGGUGAUCAAGAUUGGUGGACAGGUGUUUAAG